GUGAGGUUAUAUCAUAUCAAAAGCGAAAAUAGUUUCAAAGAAUGGGCCAAACCCAGGCUAACAGAAAUCACAUCUAGUUAUGUGAGGCACAACAGAAUUGUGCUUUAAAGGAGAAAACAACUGAAUCACUAUGAGUGCCUCUGAACCAACUGGCACAUCAGAAAGCUCUAUACCACAUGGACAUGGUCGAGGCCAGCUAUAUCCUAACCUGCAUAAUCCCCCGAUGCCACAACCGAGCCCUCAAUAUCGUCCUCAUGGUGGACAACAUCCAGAAUCAGGGGAAGACUUUGGACUGCAUGGAUCUGGUAGAGGUCAAGUGUAUUCAAAUAAAUUGCAGAAUUACCCUUACAAGAUCGACUAUCCAGUCCCUGUCCAUUCUCCUGGUGUACAACAUCAGUGUUACCAUUGCAACAGUUCUACUCACAGUCAUCCUGGUGGUAACACACAUUUGCAACACCAUGAUAUGCAGUCUUCAUACAGCCAGCCAAGACCAACUGUUCCCUGUCAACAUUACCCACCCACCUUUACCCACACUCACAACCAGGGUAUCAGAAAUCCUGCUGUCUGCUACCAACCCUACCCACAGCCUUCUCAGCCUCCGCAAGCUCAACAGCCUUGGCUAUACCCUCCAUAUACAUGGCCAAGGGACACUAUGCAAAACCAAGUGAUGUUUAGAGCUCCUCAAAAUCAUCAUGGACAAGCAUCAGUGCAAGGCCAUUAUGGCUUUCAGAGUCCAGAGACAGGGGCCACUCCUUACAAUGGCGGCCAAUUCCCACUCAGGAUGAUGACCUCAGCUGAGCAAAAUGUAUCACAUGGAUGCAUAUCAGGACAAAGCCAGGACAAACUGAGGACUCAGCAAGGUAUUCUGGAUUCCGGUAGUACUAAGGCAGAACCUAUUCUGAUUGACCAGCCAAAUCCAGACUCAAUGACUCCUAUGUUAAAUCCACAACCUUCUUGUCCUGAAGGAUCAACUGUCAGGAAGGAAAGCAGGAAUGACUAUACAGGAGAUCUUGUAGACUGUUUUGAAAAGCUAGGGAUUGAUCCACAUGUCAAAGAUAACAGGACCACGGCACACGGAAAACAGACUUUCACAGUAGGUUCAGCAGAGAUAGAAUCCCAUGAGAAAAGACAGACAGAAUCCCAUGAGGAAAGACAGAAAGAAUCCCAUGAGGAAAGACAGAAAGAAUCCCAUGAGGAAAGACAGAAAGAUUCCCAUGAGGAAAGACAGAAAGAUUCCCACGAGGAAAGACAGAAAGAAUCCCAUGAGGAAAGACAGAAAGAUUCCCAUGAGGAAAGACAGAAAGAUUCCCACGAGGAAAGACAGAAAGAAUCCCAUGAGGAAAGACAGAAAGAAUCCCAUGAGGAAAGACAGAAAGAUUCUCAUGAGAAAAGACAGACAGAAUCCCAGGAAUGGCACAAUGCUAAAGCCAGUCACCGUGUAAUGGAGGUCUACAACGACAGGUUCCUGCUGUCUGGAUUGACAGAGAAGAUGGGAGAUGACACCCUACAGAACUAUGCUGAAAUUACUAGUGGAUACGAAGUAAAGAAAACAGAAUAUUCGACUGAUCUCUCAUGCGUUGUUGUUACUCUUGACCAAGUGCUUAAUGAUGAAGAUUGGAGUCUUUGCAGAAAAAAAAUUGCUUAUAAAAAGAUAGAGGGCAAGGAAUUGAGGUUCUCACACAUUCCUCUUGCACACAGGAUAUGUGUGAGGAAAAAGGACAGCAUGAUCGAACACGAUAGUUUGAAAGAAUAUUUUUCAAGUCGAAGGUCUGGAAACAAGUCUGGAUCAAGAGUGACGGAAGUAUUGACAACAGACCAUUUAGUUGUUGUUACAUUUGAAGAUCAUUCUGCUGUGGAGAAUGUGCUUGCUCAUGGAACGCACAGUAUCUCUGGUCAAUCAUUCAACAUAUCUGUCUAUUAUGACAACGUCGGACAUGUACAGGAAAGUUCCAAAGUCAGCACAACUAGAGUGUAUACUAAAUUGUCUCGUCAUGAGAUUGAGCUGCUGGAGGUUUCUGGGCUGUUGCACACUUGGUUGAAGGAACUGACUCAUUUGGAUGAAGCAUCAGUUGACGACAAGGACAAAGUCAAGCUGAAAGGCACAGAGACAGAUAUCAAAGCUGUUGAAGACAAGAUUGAUCAGUUUAAAAACCUAAUUGUCGACAGAUCUAUUGAAUGUUCUUCGGCUAAGAUGGAAUACCUUCUGAGUUUAGAUGGAAAGGCUCACACUCUUGCAGGAAUGAAGGAAAAGAAGAUACAAAGCAUUUGGUUCAAGAAUAAUGGAAUGCUUAAAGUGUUGGCCAGAUCAAAAGAUGACUUUAAAUGUAUGAUGUCAUGGAUUACCAAACACAUCUUUGAAAUACACCAUGAGGUUUCUGAGGAAAGUCAAGAUAUAAUUGAGGAAAGACUUGAUGUUUUGAGAAGACGCUGUGUGAAUGACUAUGGAGAAGGAACGUUUUGUUUGGACUACACACCCAGAACCAGAAGUAUAAUAGCUGUAGCACAGCAUGAGGUCAAAUUCCAAAUAGGAGAAGAGUUAAAGAAGACCUUCCCAAAACCCAUCCCAAUUGUGAACAAAGAAAUGCAGUUGCCACAACACAUACAACAAUUCAUGAAGAAAUACAAGGCUGAACUGAUUAGCAAAAUUGGAAAGGUUGAAAUCAUUUGGCGGAAGGACAGCAUCGGGCUGCAUGGGAAAACUGAAUCAGUCCAAUAUGCCAUGCAAGAACUUGAAAAGAUCAAGAAGCCCAUUCAUGAAAGUGACUUUUUAUGUAUGGAUAUGAAGAUUCCUUUAGAUGCAGCAAUGUUAGAUUGUUUCAGUAACUACGUAGAAAGAACUGAAAGAUGCAUCAUAACAUGGCAAUUUGUGAGACAUCCAGAAUUGUUUGGAGCUGUAGGAAGAUCUGUGGAAUCAGUCAGACAUGAUCCAGAAAACCCAAGACAUGACAAUCAUCAGCAAAAGAGAGAAACUGACAGAAAUGAAGCAUCUGGUGGUCACAGAAGUGGUAAUGCACAGAAGAAAUGUGGACCAAGCUCAAGGCGAAACCGAAAAUUCAAGUUUGACAGCCCUUCAAGAAUUGCAGUUAAAUUGAUCAAAGGUGAAAUAGCUAGAGCAAAGGCUGAUGUGAUAGUCAAUGUUGUGGAUAAGUAUUUUUCCAUCGACACUGGAGCAGUAUCACAGUCAAUCAUGAAACUUGGUGGGCAGGAGCUGAGAAAUGAAUGCAAAACACAUUCUCAGAAAAAAUUGUCAGAAGGUCAAUAUGUAAUGACUGGUGCUGGAAAACUGGAGUGUAAAAGAGUCAUUCAUUGUCAUUUGGCACCUAGAGACAACCCAAAGGCUGCAGAGAUGCUUAUUGACUUGAUUGAGAGGAUGCUAGACGCAGCAAACAAGGAUGGAUAUACUAGUAUGGCUCUCCCAGCACUUGGCACAGGAGCUUUGCUUCAAUAUGACCCUGGUGUUGUAGCCAACAGCAUGUACAAUGCUGUCCACAAGUUUGAACAGAGAUGCCCAGCAAGCAAGCUGAAGGAAGUACAAUUUGUACUGUAUCCAUCUAAUACAGAUGUACUUCAGGCUUUUCAAGAAGUAGAAAGAAGUAGAGAUGCUGCACAGAUGAAAAGUGGUGGCACUGGCUAUCAAACAAGUCAAGGAAAGGACUUACUGCCCAAGAUCACUAUUGUUUCAGGAGAACUAGCAAAACAAAAGGUGGAUGUAAUUGUGAAUUCAACCAAUACAGGUCUCACACUCAGUAUGGGUUCAGUUUCCAAAUCAAUACUUCUGGCUGGUGGAGAAUUGCUUCAAAGUGAAUGCAGAGACUAUCUUAAACAUAAUUCUUUGAAAUCUGGUGGAUUUGUUGUCACUCAUGGAGGGAAACUGAAGUGCAGUCAUGUUUAUCAUGCCUGCUUGCCCAUCUUCUCAAAAGAAGCACCUGCGCUACUGUCAGUUAUGGUACAUAACAUUCUUCAAAAAGCAGCAUUGGAGAAUGUUGAAAGUAUUGCAUUUCCUGCAUUUGGCACUGGUAAUCUGAAUUACCCAUCAGCAGAGGUAGCCAAGAUCAUGUUCAGCACUAUCCACCAUUUCAGAAGGACUGUAUCCCAUUCACUCAAGCAGGUCCUUCUUGUUGUCUAUACCAGGGAUACAGGUGUUUUCAUGAGUUUCAAAUCUGAAGAGGAGAAAUUCCUUAGGCACCUGUCAGUUCCCAGUGCCCAUGGAAAACCUGGAAACCAUAAUCAUAACAACUCACCUGGUGCCCAGGGUAACCAGCAUUCAAUCCAAACAGAUCCAGGAAGGAAACUUCAAUUUGGACCUUGCCAGGUUGUUGUCAAGCAAGGCAACAUUGCACUUGAAACUGUGGAGUGUAUUGUCAACCCAAUACACAAGGACAUGGACUUACGGGGUGGGAGUGUUUCCAAGGCUCUAUUUUCUGUUGGUGGGAAACUAUUUCAGGAGAACACCAAAAUGAUGGGAGACAGGCUAUCGAAAGACAGAGUAGCUGGAGUGCAAUUCACAGACCAAACAGCAGUGCUACAUGUAUGGCGGGAUUUCAUUGAAAGUAAUCAGAAACAAGCAAUGAUUGCUUGCUUAAAUCAUGCAAACAAGAAGGAUUACAAGACCAUUGCAUUUCCAGUUCUGAAAACAGGAACUGGGUCUCAAGUUGUUGAGGAAAUGGCCAGUGAUCUCUACUGUGCAGUCAGAUAUGUUUUCAAAAAGCAAACCAUCGUAUCAUGCAUCACUGUUGUUGUCUAUCAACCAGCACAUGUACACCAGUUCUAUGACAAGGCAAAGGAACUAGUUGCAAGAGGAACUCAUGACUCCCUAACAAUGGAAAGAGAGACUCAAAGAUCUGAGGGAUGUCAACAAGUCUGCUUUAAAUGGUGUUCUGACGACCCAGUUUGCAAGAAGAAUGUUGAAGAGAAGAUAUCUACUUUGCAAGACGAUGGCUAUUUCACAGAGACUGUCCCACUUCCUUCAUUUGUUAAUAUGAAGGACGUGUCUGAAAUUGGGAAGGAACUACCUGUGAAUAUAACAAGGCUUCAAGAAAAACAUUCCAUAGAUGUAAUUGGCAAAGGAGUUCAGUUUCUAAAAGAAGUGAAGUCCUUGCAUCAGAUGAUAGAGCGAAAGGUGGCUGAACAUGACAUUCUGCAUGCAGACAAAGAUCACAGUCAGUUGAUGAGGAUGAUGAACUAUUUGGAGCUGGCAGCAGUGGAAAGUUCAGUGACCCUCUCAACAUGCUGACUGUAAAUACAAAGGAAACCAUUAGAUAUGAUCAGAAGGAACUGUCUGAGGCAAGUCUUAACAAGAUGGAUAGCUUCUCAAGUAAAUAUGACCCAAUGAAGUAUGAAAACCAAGCUUACAGCUCACAUUCU